AAAUGAAUUAAUCUAUAGGUGAAAACUAACAAUCUUAGCCAUCAAUAAAUUAUGGAAAUGUGAAAUAUUCUUUUUAAUGUUUACGUCGACAUCUUUUUAAGGAUAAAGUUUAUCAUGUUCAUGCACUUCAUAAUAUGAUUACUAUAGGAGAGGUACAUAAAUUAAAGUAGAAUUAGUAAUUUAAUGAUCCUAACCCUAAAUAUAAAUUAGAGUUGAAUCUCAAGAAUACAGUUUAUUGGAAAUAAGAGCAUGGAUAAAAUAGAGCUUUUGGAAUUAAAUAUAAGUAACUAAUCUUUUUUUAAACUAAUUAUUUCAUAGAAAGAAUGUGAAGUAUUUUGAAGCUGCUGCUGAACAAUUAACUAAAUUUCGUUAGUCAAUUAGUUGUUUAAUUGGGUUCCAUUCACUUGAUGAUCAUUAUAAAAUAGAGAGAGUUAUUGGAUAAGGUUCAUUCUCAAAAGUUCAUAAAGUUUAUCGGUUGAAUGAUGAUAAAGCAUUU